CAUUGUAUGAACUAUGAUGUGAAAAGUGAAAAGUUGAAAAAGUAAGAUACCAUUAUCGUAAUUGUUCUUAUCACAGUAUCACAUAAAUUUAUUCAUUCGGUGAACUGUGAUAUAUUACUGAUAGCUGGUGAAAUAUUAACAAUUUUUAAGUGAGAGCAAUAAAUUAAUACUCUAUGGUGUAGCUACUAUAAAAAAAAAAGCUCUACAAUUUAUUUUGUUCUCUAUUCUGUAAUAAAUAAUAAUAAGUUUGUAUAUUACCUAUAAUCAUUAAAGUGUAUUCCAUGGUUAAGAAUUUCAUUGUUCUGUGAAUCCUAUUUGUUCUUGUUGGAUAAUUAUUGCGUAUCCACAUGUCUUCUGCAACUUUUGGCCAAAAAAGUUUUCAACCAACACCUCCUGAAAAGGGUAGUUUCCCAUUAGAUCACCAAGGCCAGUGUAAAAAAACUGCUUACAAAUACAUGUUUUGCUUAAGUGUUAACAGCGGGGACAAUUCGCAGUGUCGUCAAGAGGCCAAAGAUUAUUUGGAUUGCCGUAUGCAAAACGAUUUGAUGGCAAAAGAAGAAUGGACUAAACUUGGAUUGGCUGACAUCAAAAAUACCAAGGACAGUAAUUCAACUCAAUAA